CUUUUUUGGAGAAUUAGAUUUGUUAAUCUAAAGUGAAAUGUCAGUCAUUGAUCCAACAACAAUAGUUGAAAAGAUUAAAAAAAUUCACCAGGAUUGUGACUUCAAAAUAAGCUCAAAAUUUGUUUCAAAGGUUAUGAAGAAUUAUAAAUAUAUCUUAAUAGUUUAUUAUAGAAAUAAGAGACAGAAUUUAAGUAAGUAAUUAUUUUAAAAUCUAGGUUAAACCGAUUUAAUAAGUAGGGUAUAUAAGGAAAGACGAUCUCUCUGAAAUUUUAGAUUAAGUUCAAGAUAUUUAUGAUGAAUGAAUAUCUAAACAAAAGGAAAUUACAUUCAGUAAACUCUGUAUCAACAGCUGCAUUAUCAUUUUAAACUCCAAUUGAUGUUUUUCAGAAAAGAAUUUAAAUUAAUUUAUAUGCCCUCCUC